AGUAUGCACAUUGUCUUGUUAAUACUUGCAUCAUUUUAAGGAUCGAAGAACGACCGGCUCGGUACAACUCACUAGUAUGGGUGCUUUGCUACCAUUCACUCUCGCACUCCUUUUUAUUAAUAUUGCCCCAGCACACGGGGGAACAGGCUGUUCGGAAUUGCUCGUGUCCGGGAAACACCCGAUACCGGAUAGUUCUAUAACGGCCUCCACGUCCUACCCCCAUACUAAUAGCGCCUGUUGCCUGAAUCACUUCCCUCACAGGUCCCGUAUCAAUCUGGUCACGGACAAGAAUGGGAACGGGGGUUGGAGCUCUUUGACUCAGGACGACAAACAGUGGCUGCAGUUUGAUCUGGGGUUCUCCAGAAAGAUAACAGGUGUGAUAACCAAAGGUAGAGAGGGGUAUUCUAGCGCAGGAAAAGGACAAUACGUCACGGCAUACCGGCUGUACUACGGCAACGCAACAGAUGAUAUGGCUAUGUUUGUAGACAAUGAUUUCCAACCUGUGAUAUUUGAUGGUAACUGGGACACAGUGACACCACAGAUGCGUGACCUUGACCCUCCUAUCUACGCCAGAUAUGUCCGUAUUAACCCGGUCAAGUGGAACGCUCACCCGUCCAUGCGUGCUGACCUACUGGGAUGUCCACUUACGAAGGACACGAACUCCAUCAUUGGGUAGUGCAUGAACUCUAUGAUGUAAAACAUAGCAAUAAAGCAUGCGGUGUUCGGUAUGCAUCAUGCACAGAAUCUGCCAACUGAAAGCAUUUAUUGAUGUAUGGCAAAUAAUGAUAUAUGCCAAUCAAAUAAAUGAUGUUUCUGCAACUCUGACGCUAAUGAUGUUUGCUUAUAUGCCAUCAAAAUGCAAUAAAUGUCUCA